AUGGAGUUCCUGGGGCAGGGCCCUUUAAUCUCAGACCUGCAGCACGGCUUUAGACAGAACCGCUCGUGUCUGUCCAGUUUAUUGCUCUCGACGGAGCAGUGGACUCGCGCACUGGACGAGGAUGGGAGGGUUGAUGUCAUAUACACAGACUUUAAGAAGGCGUUCGACAGCGUCCCACACAAACGCCUAAUCUACAAACUUUCUGAAAUUGGGAUAAGAGGAACGCUGCUGACACGGAUAACAGAUUUUCUUACCGGGAGAUCGCAAACCGUGUGCAUUAAGGCCUCAAGGUCAACUCCUACUCCCGUUCUAAGUGGUGUACCCCAGGGCUCCGUCUUAGGGCCGUUGCUAUUCCUGGUUUACAUUAACGACUGUCUCGACGACCUGGGAUGCAGCGCCAUCAUGUUUGCUGACGAUGUUAAGCUGUGGAGACCCAUCAGAUCUGAUGCAGAUAGGUACUCGCUUCAAGACAGUCUCAACCGCCUGAACAGUUGGUCAGCUCGCUGGCUCCUCAAUUUUAAUGUGGACAAAUGUGUGGUCCUGAGACUCCGCACCAGACGGACCAGUAAGGAGGACGAUUCCUUUCAAUACGUCCUUGGUGGUCAGCCCCUUUCAAAUGUUGUGGAACAGAAAGACCUGGGAGUCCUAAUGACCUCCUCGCUGAAACCCUCUUCACAGUGUCAAGGGGCAGCCAAAAAUGCGACAAGGGUGAUAUUUGCGCUGAGGCGAGGAUUUGUGCAGAUCGACAAGGAGCUGAUCGGAAAAACCUAUGGGGCAUUCGUCCGGUCUCACUUAGAGUAUGCAGUCCAGGCCUGGCGACCGUCGUUAACGAAAGAUUAUCGACGACUGGAAAGAGUACAGGCGAUGGCUACGAAGUUGGUCAAGAAUCUUCAUCAUUUGCCUUACGAAACCAGGCUGACCGAACUAAAUCUGUUUCCUCUAAAUUACAGGCAACUGCGCGGCGAUUUCAUUCAAACCUACAGGAUUGUCAGAAGCCGAGAGUGUGUCCUAGACUUUGAUGAAUUUUUUGAAUUGGCCCGGACUGACUGUCUGCGUGGUCAUCCCUUCAAACUGCAAAGGAAGCGGGCUCAUUCGGACGUCCGGCGGAACGCCUUCUCUCACAGGGUCAUCGGGGCAUGGAAUGGACUCCCUGAUGCCGUCGUUCUUUCCGAAAGUGUUAAAUCCUUUAAGUGCAGACUAGACGCUCACUUGUUGAGAACCUACUGUACAUACAAUCAUGAUUGUUUUAGCGGCGGCAGUUUGCGCCUGGCUCACACUUACCGCUAACUUCUUAACUUUUCGCAUUUGCUGAUGUAAUUGAUGACUUAAUUUCUGUUUAUCGAUAUGAAUAGGGAACUCAAGGGCGAAAGCCUCAUUCCCUUAAUAAACUGACUUAAAGUGACUUAAAUCAUCGAAUUCUUGGAAGAAGAUGUGAGGAAGGAACUUCUAGCGCUUAAAGAUCGUAAGUCUCCGUGUCCAGACCAAAUACCGGCAAACCUUCUGAAGCAGUUAUCUUGAGAAUUCGUCAGACCGCUGUCGCACAACUUAAGGUCGUCCUUUGACCGAGGCAUUUUCCUCUCUGACUGUAAAGUGGCUAAGUUAUACCCCAUUCACAAGAGUGGAUCUAGAACAACUAGAAGCAAUUAUUGGCCGGUUAGCCUAACGUGCAUUUGUUGCAAAGUCAUGGAGAGAAUAGUGAAAAAAUCCAUAAUGAAGUUCCUUGAAGAAAAUGAUUUCAUUGCUUGUUCCCAACAUGGCGUUCGACGAAAUCACUCCCGCCUAUCUAAUAUGCUCUAUUCAACGGAACAGUGGUCUCGCUCGUUAGACGAAGGAACAAGGGUCUAUAUCGUUUACAUCGAUUUCAAGAAAGCCUUCGAUAGUGUUGCAUACCGCCGGUCACUUCACAAGGUCCGAGAGUCAGGGAUAAGGGGAAACCUAUUAAACUGGGUAAAAGACUUCAUAACUGGUCCAUCACAGUCUGCGUGCAUUGGUAGCGCGAAGUCAACGCCAGUGCCAGUUGUGAGUGGAGUUCUCCAGGGCUUUGUACUCGGAGCAGUACUAUUUUUACUUUAUGUCAACGACUGUAUGAAUGGACUGGACUGCAAUGGAGUCAUGUUUGAUGAUGACAUCAAGUUAUGGCAAGCGAUCAAUGGGGAAAAUGAUGAACGGGCCCUGCAAGAAGGACAGAACCGACUAUGUUAAUGGUCUAAUAAAUGGCUGCUGAAGUUUAACUUUGAGAAGUGCGUCAUACUGAGACUCAAAUCGACUGGAAGAGCCGACGGAGAGGAUCACCAUUACCUGCUUGGUGGAAGGUGCCUUUCAAAUAUAACCGAACAAAGAGAUCUUGGGAUCAACAUUUUGUCGACCAUUAAGCCUCCCUCUCAGUGCGUUAGGGCGGCCAAAAGAGCAACCAGUGUUCUACCUGCCAUUAAACGACCUUUCGUAGACAAAGACAAGUUGUUAUUUGGGAAAGUAUACGGAGCGUUCAUUCGUUCGCAUCCGAAAAAUGGAAUCCAAGCGUGGUGCAAGUGGCUAAAAAAGACUAUAAGUUGCUAGAAAGAGUUCAGAGGAGAACGAUAAAAAUUAUGAAAGGCCCCAGAACUUUACCUUACAACUGCCGACUUAGUGAACUUAAACUCUUUUCUCUUGAGUACCGGUAGAUUCGAGGAGAUUCCAUACAGGCGUAUCGGAUAUUGAGGAACCGGGAUUGUGCCCUACACGUCGACGAUUUCUUAACCCUGGCCACAACAACAAACCUGCGUGGGAACUCUCUAAAAAUUAGAGGAUCCUAAUGAAGCCUGGACGCUCGCAGAUACUGUUUUUCACAGUGAGUUGUCGGUGCCUGGAACGGGCUUCCCGUGGACGUAAUAAUGGCGGAUACCGCGGAGACGUUCAAGCAAAUACUAGAUGUAUAUUUGCUUAGACAAUACCGCUUGUCUGCACAGAACAGCCCUGUAGUGUCAAACCAACGUCUUGCAUACACCUACCGCUAAUGUGGAUGUCUGUCAUUUCAUUUAACCUUUGCCAAUCUUUACUGACAUCAUCUACAAAUGAAUGUGUUUGAGUUUCGGCCCUGCAUUUUCAAUGAAAAAUAUUCUGCUAAGUGUAUAUAUUAAUGACAACAUUUUAGUACCGUAUUUAUUUAAAGUUAGAUACCGCAUGUGCCGUUUACAACAGCGUUUUCAAAGGCAUUGACAAUUACCCUUAAAAAUAUACUGACCUAUCAGCCAUGGAGAUAAUCGCCCACGCCAGAAGCAACGGGGGCUGCGGAUGGAUUAAAUGCUGCGCUUCAUGUGAGAAUUCGAACAUUCUGUACGUCGAUUUGGCGCCACUAUACCAAACUCUGUGUGGUUGGUGGACUGACGUCACUGAAACUUCGCUGAGUCAUAUCACUUAUAACUAUUGCUCUUUCUGUUGCCGCGUAGAUUGCUGAAAAUUGACUCCUGUACGAGUUAGAAAAUUCGGGUGAUAGAAUGGGACACGAUCCCUGUCGACAUCAAAGUAUAUUUCAGGUUUCGUUUUCUCUGGAUAUUGAUCCAUUUUUCUACCUCUGAAAUUUUAAUAUUUCCAUCCAAAUAACUGUGAAGCCUGACCUGUUGGAUGAAAUGGCAAAUUGAUAGAGUACAAUGGAAUAAGCUUAUUAUAACCCCUCUUGUGCGCUAUCAGUUUCCUUGAAUAAGCCUAUAAAGAUGACACUUUUUGCGAGUUUGUGUCCACUAACCGACUUUAGUAUUGCGGCUGGGUGCGGGUCCGAACUUUUGUAAUGAACCUGACCGCAGCGAGAGCUAGUCCAAAGGAAAAAAGAUGAAGAUAAUAGGUUAAGAUUAGAAAGUUUGCUAAGGCAAACGUACACACAGUCCUGCUGUUUAAGAACUGGGCACGGCAGUUCUGUUUUUGGCGGCACAGACGGUGGGGCCGACGGAGGCCGGAAACGGAGCGUCCGCGUUCCUCCAUGGUUAGCUUUCGGUCGCAUUUAUUCAGCCUGGACAGUAGAGGAAGUUCGAAUGUUGGAUUCUACCGUCGGAAUUGUUUGGGAGGUACUGUGAGGAUGGAAAGGGCAAACUACAGUUUGUUUGUUCGGUAAGGAUAAUAGGCAAGGCCUUUGAAAACCUUACUGACUUCAUGCCGGUCAGUUAGAUACAGCUAUACACGAACAAUAAAAAUCUCGUUAUUAAAAUGACACUUGCAUAAUUUAGGCAGAACCAUUUUAAGAGACGAACUUCCUGGGGUUCGUGGGGUAUUUAGCUUGAAUUCAGGCUAUCGAGGAAAAACAGUAGACACAAAUAUUCGUCCAAACGUUUCUUGACGGUCCACACGGAUGACGCCUACACGACUGAUUGAGGAAAAUAUUCCAUUUCACCACUACCCUUUGCGUGGAUAAUUUAGAGUGGAGACUCAGCCUGGAUAUUUUUGCGGGCAGCUGCAUCGAGUGCCCAUGAAGACUAGGCAAAACCUGUCCUGAAAUCUCAGUCCAUGCUUAAGGCUAUGUAUUAUUUCAUAUGCCAGCAUAAGAUCGCGUAUUUUCUGCUUCUAACACAAAGAGAAUUAAUUGAAGAAGUUCGGUCUAUCUAUGUAAGAAUGAGUUUUUAAACCCUUAAGCAGCUAUGUUGUAUGGCCUUGUACGAUUCUUGAGGCAUGAUUAGCGUUCUGCCAGCCCUGGCCGCCACGUUAAUAUGUCAUUUUCCAAAUGUGGCAGGACAAAGGCGCAGUAAACUCUCCGAAAAUGUUGUUGUCAAAGGUCACAAACGCCCUUUCGAUCGCAUGGAGUACUCCUACAACGUUUUUCGGAGCCAUAGAGUACUGCAGUGCUGAUGUCACGUCGCUCUGUAUCCAAACACAGCGAUCUCCUUGCGAGGAUGUUUCAGGAAGACUAUUUUCUGUCAGGUGACAUGUCCUCAUGUUGUCAUUUAAAUGAAAGUUAUUCGGACACAGACGAGGGAUGGCAUCUUUCUGCACAUGGAAAUUCAUGAUCCAUUUCUUGGACCACGUUCGAAGUCGGGGAGAUGAUUUUGAACUGCUUUCUGGCCAUUCGGGCUCUUAAUAACUUGACAGGUUGAUAUAUAUGGUGGCAUAGCGAAGUUUCCGAACACUUUUAAGUGAGUUAUAACGUCGUCCGCUUCUGUUGCUGAGUAAAAAAUCCGAGAAAUCCUGUUUGACCAAUGCCCUCAGUCCCUGAGUGACCUAUAAGACGUAUUAAUGAUGUCAUCCAUCUUAACUUCAGUUGCUUUUGUGGUUAUGUUCCAACGUUAUUCAAGUGGGUGGCACCAAUCGGACCAGAUUUUAUCUCAAAUAAGUGUGUAAUGCUAUUUAAAAGGAAUUUUAAUCUUCCUUUUAACUUCUCUGAGAUUCCAACUUUUUAAAAUAGCAAAAUUUACUGGAGGCAGUAAAUUUCGCGGCGGAUCAUCAACUGCAGCCUGUCGUUGCAUAACACAGAUAACAAGUGAGAAAGACACAGAAGUUUGAACUCUCACAGAGAAAGCCAAUGUAAAACAGUAAGGUCGUCGUACACUGCAUGCAGAUUAAUCAAUAAAAUGGUAACUUCAAAACUUAACAUAUAAAAUAAAAUGGGGAAAUUAACAUGCCGAGGGAUUUCGCAGCGAUCAGGUCCGACAAAGACCUUUGUAAUAUCCUUACGCUUUAAGGGCGACAACAUCUCAAAUACCAUCAAGCGGCAAUUGAGAUGCGUCACAGAAAGAACAUACAGCUCAGCUGAGCUCAUAUUCUGCAGUCCUAUUAAGGCUUUCCAAGUGUCACGGGUGAAGGAUAUCUUACCAUUGCCCGCCACGUCAAAUUGUGUUUACGAAUCCACAUGCACUUGUGGAUUCAAAUACAUUGAACGAACGCAAGGGCAACUGGCAGCCAGGUCAGUUGAGCACCUGUCUAAAUGGCUUCUAAAGCAGGAGGAUAACAUUCCAUGGUCUUCUAUUACAAAGCACCUCCUUGAUAGCGGUCAUUCGGCUGAUCCUAAAACAUCUUUUCGAGUAUUACUUCGAGCACCAAUAACUCGGUUACUGCGCUACUUGGGGGCAGUCUGCAUACGGCGGAAGAAACCCGACCUAUGCAAACAGUUAGUCCACGUGGUCAACCUUAGCUUGCCCUGGUAGAUGUGAGCCCUCUUUGAUUUACGAUAUCCCUCGGCAUGUUAAUUUCCCCAUUUUUCUUGCCUAUGUUGCGUUUUUAAGUUACCAUUUUGUUGAUUAGUCUGCGUGCAGUAUAUGACGACCUUACUGUUUUACCUUGUCUUUCUCUGCGGAAGUUCAAACCUCUGUAUCUUUCUCACUUGUUAUCUGUGUUAUGCAACGAAUAGCUGCUGUUGAUGAUCCCUCGCGAAUUUUCCUAGUUCCAAUAAAUUCUGCUGUCUAUGCCUGUUUUAAAUUCAUUCCGGGAAAAUAUUACUUCAAAUUUUUUUAAAUAGAAUUUUGGAGUUCAUUCUAGAUAGUCGCAUAUCCUGUGGAGUAGAAAAUUGUUCGUUGGGAUUUUUUGAAUUCCCGGGCCCUUAUAAUAUUUGCGUUAAUCUUAGUGUUACGGAAGGUGCGUUUUGGCUCGUUCAUUUUGAGACUAUCCUGGUCAUGUAAGACCUUGAAUAGGACAUUUGGACCAUUUUGCAGUCAACUGAUCUAGAGGGAUCGAAGACUGUAUUUAUGAUAUAGUUAUAAGUAUGAACCCUGUGUGCCAUGACAUUUAGACAAAGGUCUAGUAAAGCGUCUCUGAGUGCCUUCUAGUUUGUUUCGGCAAUCUGAGGGCAAAAUGCCAAAGAAAAUUGAAUAGUAAUUUAGGAGAGUUAAAAAGUAAAUUUUUAAAAGGUGUAUUUUUAGUGCAUUUAAUGUAAAAAAUCGUUACAUAUGUAUCUGCACACACGAGUGGCUUUCGGUGAUAUUUGUUGAACGUGGGGAGAUAAGUCCAGGAUAUUUGUAUAGUUCAAACCCAAAUAUUUUAUUGACUGGAUCUCCUUUAUUUCACUAUUCUCGAAAAUUAUGGGGAAGUUUUGUUAGUCAACAAUCAGGAGAUGACAUUUUGCCGGUGAUAAUUACAGUUUCCACAAAAUACUCCAUGCACGAAGUUUGCUAAGAUCGGUUUAGAUUGUUCUGUACGUAUUGCCUACAGCAUGAUAGUUGUAUGCGUAUGCGAGUUUUCGGUCGUCUGCAUAUAAAAACGUCUUGGCUGAAAGUGAUAUAAGCAGUGAGUCGUGUAUAUAUACGAGGAAUAAGAGGAAACUAAGGGUAAUGUCCUGAAGAACUCCACUUGUAAUAUGCGAUUGUUUUGAGACCACGGUUCGAAACUGUACCACUUGGUAUCGGUUUUUAAGAUGGGAUUUGGGAAAUUCAAGAAAGUGGAGCCCAAUUCCAGGACAAAAAGCUCUUCCUAACCAAGCUUAUGGUUCGACUCACGCUACACCUUUCGUCGUAAGGAUUAAUGAACGACGGCUGUCAAGCAAUUUAUGCGACCAAGAAAACUGUCCGUAGUCAGUCCGUUGUCCGUGACAAUUACUGCUAUAGCAGGCAGUGUGUCGCCACACAGAAAAGCCGCUUCAAAAAGGAAAAAACCUCCAGUGUUAAAUUCGGUCCUUCCGGACAUAAUUACCUGGCAACAUGGUUCUGAUUUCCUAUUUUCAAAUGCAUGGCACUGCCAUACAAUAGCCAGCGGAAUCUGAGCAAAAAUCUACUUAAACUACACACACAUUGGAAAGGAGACUCAAGUAAAUUUGAAUGUGUUACUCACAGACACAGCCUUCACGAAGCAGCUUGAGAAACUGUGGCACGGACGUCGUGAAAACACCAGUAUUGUGUGCAAUCUGUACCUACGGGACAAAUCAUCGUGCUGAUUUUCGAAAAGGUUAGUUUUUUAUUGAAAACGCUCAGAAUGGUUAUUGUAGGUUGACAAAAAAAUCAAAAAUACUAAAUCUACAACAUGCAAUUAAAUAUGUCGAAAUACUAUGUUGGAUUCAAAAAAACAUGAACGGGGGUGGAGAUCUGUACAUCUGUACAGCAAGUGCUAACUUAAAAUGAAUGGGCGAAGCAAGACAAAAAUGGAAAUGUGCAGAUGAGGAAACCAUCGUUAAAACAUACGAUUUAUCUCCAAUAACGAAAACACUGAAGUAACGGAUGCACGUUACGUACAUUUAUAAAUGACAUCCAAAUACAUACUUUAAUUGCAGUAAUGACGCGCCUAACGUUAGGUAUUAAAAGUGGUAUUUCAGACGAGCAGUAGUGACAUUUGUCGGUGAGUUGACCUGCUAAGCUGAUAAAGGAGCGCCCAUCGGUAGGCCAUGGCAGCGUUUUGUCAAUAUCUUGAUUUAUAAAUGCACGUUUUUGCAUUUUGGCCUUUUAUUUUCUUUGGCCGUUAUUUUGUUUUAAUUAUUUACUGACGUCUUCACGCAUCGCCUAGCUUACUUUUUGGUUUUUGGGUUGUGCGGACUUCACGUUCCACUAGUAAUUAACCGCAUGCUAUUCAAUUAGCUAACCCUCCCCCCAUAGGACCAGUGGCGCGUAGGUAGCAAUUCACUAAACUUCUUAAUGUUCUCGCUUAACAAAUAUACGCGACCGAGGACAUGCACUGGGAAACUUGCGUACAUGCAAAAAUAAUGAAAAAAACCUAGGUACAGCAACAUAGUUGUUGGUGGUGUGUUUUACGGCUCUGCAUUUUGAGGUCUUUUCCUCUCUCCCCUCUCCAUCCAUCAAGUUCAUCUGCUUUACCGUUCUUUUUGCUUCGCGUUGUUUCAUUUGCUGGUAAAUUUGCCAGCAAUGGCAUAUGCCAUUCGUUAUAUAGUGAAGGUUAAUGAUGCUGAAGGCAUGCCGACAAGGACAAGAGGGACUAAAAUAGACGUUUGUGGGUUAUUAGCCGUCGUCGGCCAGCCAUCUUUCAAGCCCAGCUUCGGAUAGCCCACGUUCCGUGCCUCGACGCCUUAGUCGUCGGACCCUAAGUCCUGCCGAGGCAGCCGACGACACACUGGGUCCGAAGCUAAACGAUGGAGCGUUGGACAUAACGUCUGAUGACAAACGAAUCAAUAUUCGAAUAUCCGUUUGUCAAAGCCCAUGGUUGGAUACAGCCGGCUGAGAAUAACCCAUCGACUAGACCUGGCCAUUCCAGUCUUUGACAGAUGUCCUUCUGUAAUGUAAAUGACUGUUUCGUUUUUCCGGUCAAAAGGUUGCAACACCUAUACUGGUGUUCAUGGACUUUACCAAACACCUGACACUCAGUUCAAUUUUUCCACUCCAACUGUGCUUCCGCAUCGCCAUUAUACUUAUGUCUGGCCACUUUUAGCAUCGCAGCCUGUUUUUUCGUCUACCCUGAUAUUGUGUCAGUCUGUUUUUCUUGCCGACGAUUACUGCAGGCUUUAUGAGGGCCUUUGCCCCAAUAAAUGACACGCAGUCGAACUCUGAGAAUGGCGCAAAUUCCUGGGCCACUUUUCUUAGUAAUCACAGUCUUUCACUGCCGUUAUGAGUUUGGCUGAGGAUUUCCGGCUGUCAUCCCACGGUUCCUAAAGUGGAAUUCAAGAGGGCGCACAGUUUGCGAUUUUUUCCAAUAUUGCACUGCUUGCCUUCUUAGAACACUUUUUUCUGAAUUUUAAUUUAUUCUGUGAGCCCCGUUUAUAGAUACAUCUGUACAUAUUCCUGUUUUAUGCAUUCGACUUUACAGGUCGUUUCGUUAUGACAAACUCAAGUGCCUAAAAGGAGACCUCACUCGUCGGCCCAUUUCGCCUUAUCCACCCCUCUGA